AUGGCGGAUGCUACCAAGAAUAACAGCAGGACUAGGAAAGAGCAACGCCAAGACCCAAUCGUUGCCGAAGAGAUAGACGGAAUGUCGAAGCCCCAGGCUUCCAACACAACGACUGCAUCGAAACGAACGAAUGCAUUCGCAGAACUCAUGUCAGCGAAGAAGCCGAAACCCGGCCUAGUAUCUGCUGAAGCCCCAGUGAAACCUCUCAAGUGGGACUUGGACGCCCGCAACGGUCUAGGUCUGUACAUCGAGCACCCAGAAAAGAACCCUGAAGGCCUCGUCGUAGAAUACGACGACGACUUCGUAGUCAUUAACGACAAAUUCCCGAAAGCAAGUGUACAUCUCCUCCUCAUCCCUCGCAAAUCGGAAUACUACGAACAACACCCUCUCUGCCUCCUCUCCACCGACUCCGCCUUUCGAGCAGAAGUACAAACUCGCGUAAUUCGCCUCAAGCAACUUGCAGCGAGCGAACUCCGGCGCAAAUACGGCCGACAUAGCGCCUCGGACCUCUCCUACCAGACCGCGCUCUCAGACCUGAUGAACUCAGCCGACCCCCCACCACCAGACCAGCGCGACGCCGUCCUCCCUCCAGGCCGCGACUGGCUGUCCGAGAUCAAAGCAGGCGUGCACACGCAUCCGAGCAUGAAUCACAUGCAUAUCCACGUCAUGUCACAGGAAAUGCAUUCACCGUGUUUGAAGCACAAGAAGCACUACUUGAGUUUCAAUUCGAGCUUCUUUGUGAGCGUGGAGGAAUUUCCGCUGCAGGGGGGGAGUGAGAGAUACAAGCCGGGGACUUGGCCGGUAUGGGAUAUGAAGUGUUGGCGCUGUGGGGAGAAUUAUCAGAACAAAUUUGCGAAGCUCAAGGCGCAUUUGGGAGAGGAGUUUGAGGCAUGGAAGAAGGAGUAA